CGAGGCGGGAGCGCGCUAGGCGCGUGCGUGUACGACAGCGGUUGGCGGCGCGCGGACGGCGUCAGGCGAGUCGAGGCGCGGCGGCUCCGGACUCACGGAGCGGCAGGCUCAGCGGUCCCUACGGCCGUCGGCGGCCCGGCGGCCCGAGAUGUUGUCUGGGAAGAAAGCGGCAGCCGCGGCGGCGGCGGCGGCGGCGGCUGCCGGGACGGAGUCCGGCCCGGGGACGGCGGGCGGCGCUGAGAACGGCUCCGAGGUGGCGGCGCCGGCCGCGGGCCUGUCUGGCCCUCCCGAGGUCGGGCCGGGGGCUGCCGGGGAGCGCACGCCCCGCAAGAAGGAGCCUCCGCGGGCCUCGCCCCCCGGGGGUCUGGCCGAGCCGCCGGGGUCUGCCGGGCCUCAGGCCGGGCCUACAGUCGUGCCUGGGUCCGCGACCCCCAUGGAAACGGGAAUAGCAGAGACUCCGGAGGGGCGACGGACCAGCCGGCGCAAGCGGGCCAAGGUAGAGUACAGAGAGAUGGAUGAAAGCUUGGCCAACCUUUCAGAAGAUGAGUAUUAUUCCGAAGAAGAGAGAAAUGCUAAAGCAGAAAAGGAAAAGAAGCUUCCCCCACCACCCCCUCAAGCCCCACCUGAGGAAGAAAAUGAAAGUGAGCCUGAGGAGCCAUCUGGUGUGGAGGGCGCAGCUUUCCAGAGCAGACUUCCCCAUGACCGGAUGACUUCUCAAGAAGCAGCCUGUUUCCCAGAUAUUAUCAGUGGACCACAGCAAACCCAGAAAGUUUUUCUGUUCAUUAGAAACCGCACAUUGCAGUUGUGGUUGGAUAAUCCAAAGAUUCAGCUGACAUUUGAGGCUACUCUCCAGCAAUUAGAAGCGCCUUAUAACAGUGAUACUGUGCUUGUCCACCGAGUUCACAGUUACUUAGAGCGUCAUGGUCUUAUCAACUUCGGCAUCUAUAAGAGGAUAAAACCCCUACCAACUAAAAAGACGGGAAAGGUAAUUAUUAUAGGCUCUGGUGUCUCAGGCUUGGCAGCAGCUCGACAAUUACAAAGUUUUGGAAUGGAUGUCACACUUCUGGAAGCCAGGGACCGUGUUGGUGGACGAGUUGCUACAUUUCGCAAGGGAAACUAUGUAGCUGAUCUUGGAGCCAUGGUGGUAACAGGUCUUGGAGGGAAUCCCAUGGCUGUGGUCAGCAAGCAAGUAAAUAUGGAACUGGCCAAGAUCAAGCAAAAAUGCCCACUUUAUGAAGCCAACGGACAAGCUGUUCCUAAAGAGAAAGAUGAAAUGGUAGAGCAAGAGUUUAACCGGUUGCUAGAAGCUACAUCUUACCUUAGUCAUCAACUAGACUUCAAUGUCCUCAAUAAUAAGCCUGUGUCUCUUGGCCAGGCAUUGGAAGUUGUCAUUCAGUUACAAGAAAAGCACGUCAAAGAUGAGCAGAUUGAACAUUGGAAGAAGAUAGUGAAAACUCAGGAAGAAUUGAAAGAACUUCUUAAUAAGAUGGUAAAUUUAAAAGAGAAAAUCAAAGAACUCCAUCAGCAAUACAAAGAAGCAUCUGAAGUAAAGCCACCCAGAGAUAUUACUGCUGAGUUCUUAGUGAAAAGCAAACACAGGGAUCUGACUGCCCUUUGCAAGGAAUAUGAUGAAUUAGCUGAAACACAAGGAAAGCUAGAAGAAAAACUUCAAGAAUUAGAAGCCAAUCCCCCAAGUGAUGUGUAUCUCUCAUCAAGAGACAGACAGAUACUUGAUUGGCAUUUUGCAAAUCUUGAAUUUGCUAAUGCCACACCUCUUUCUACCCUCUCCCUUAAACACUGGGAUCAGGAUGAUGACUUUGAGUUUACUGGCAGCCACCUGACAGUGAGGAAUGGCUACUCGUGCGUGCCUGUGGCUUUAGCAGAAGGCCUGGACAUUAAACUAAAUACAGCAGUGCGGCAGGUUCGCUACACGGCUUCAGGAUGCGAAGUGAUAGCUGUGAAUACCCGCUCCACGAGUCAAACCUUUAUUUAUAAAUGCGAUGCAGUUCUCUGUACCCUUCCCCUGGGAGUGCUGAAGCAGCAGCCACCAGCUGUGCAGUUUGUGCCACCUCUUCCUGAGUGGAAAACAUCUGCGGUGCAAAGGAUGGGAUUUGGCAACCUUAACAAGGUGGUGUUGUGUUUUGACCGGGUGUUCUGGGAUCCAAGUGUCAAUUUGUUUGGGCAUGUUGGCAGUACGACUGCCAGCCGGGGUGAGCUCUUCCUCUUCUGGAACCUUUAUAAAGCUCCAAUACUGUUGGCACUAGUGGCAGGAGAAGCUGCUGGCAUUAUGGAAAACAUAAGCGAUGAUGUGAUCGUUGGCCGAUGCCUGGCCAUUCUGAAAGGGAUUUUUGGUAGCAGUGCAGUGCCCCAGCCCAAGGAAACUGUGGUGUCUCGUUGGCGGGCUGAUCCCUGGGCCCGGGGCUCCUACUCCUACGUGGCCGCAGGAUCAUCUGGCAAUGACUACGAUUUAAUGGCUCAGCCAAUCACUCCUGGCCCCUCAAUUCCAGGUGCCCCUCAGCCAAUUCCACGACUCUUCUUUGCGGGAGAACAUACUAUCCGUAACUACCCAGCCACAGUCCACGGUGCUCUGCUGAGUGGACUGCGAGAAGCCGGAAGGAUUGCGGACCAGUUCUUGGGGGCCAUGUAUACCCUGCCUCGCCAGGCCACACCGGGUGUCCCUGCACAGCAGUCCCCAAGCAUGUGAAACAGAUGCAUUCUAAGGGAAGAGGCCCACGUGUGUGUUUUGCUAUGUAAGCAAAGUUCUUCUAGCAAUACUAGAUUCCACUGAGAAAUUCCCGUCUUGGAGGCUGGGCUCAUGAUGAGCUGAUGGAGCUCCUGAUGUGACAAAGGAGGUUGCUUCCUUUGAGUGACUUAGAACAUAGGGAGGAACUUGUCCAUUAGUUUGGAAUUGUGUUCUUCAUAAAGACUGAGGCAAGCAGGCAAGUCUGAAAUAACAUCUUAGUCUCUUGGUUAUGUGGUGGUUUUUUUAUAUUUUGAGAAUAAAACUUCAUAUAAAAUU